AUGAGACAUGAAAGAGUCCAUAAGGGAGAGAAGCCCUUUUCAUGUUCCGAUUGCGGGAAAUGUUUUGUCGAUGGUCCGGAUCUUGUACAGCACCAGAAAAUUCACACUGACGACCGGCCGUAUUCAUGUUCAGAGUGCGGGAGGGGCUUCUCAUUUAGAUUUCAUCUCAUUGGACACGAAAAGACUCACACAGGGGAAAAGCCAUGUACUUGUUCUGAAUGUGGAAGGGGCUUUAAAUAUAAGUCAACUUUGUUCAAACAUAUGAGAGUCCACAAAAGUGACCCCCCCCCCCUUAGUGCUACGGUGAAAGGAGUUCAAAAUAAUAGCAGUGUGUUGAAAAACGUGAAUAAAGCUCAAAAUCCUUCUAAUAGCUUUUAUUUCCAUACACAUAAAUGCAUUGGGAACACUACACAUUCUAUUCCAAAUCAAAACAUGAAGAAAAAUAUAUCAAAUUUGUGUUGUUCCUCUAAAAAAAUUGAAGAAAAGUGA